UGGAAAGCAGAAUAUCAAAGAUAGCAAAGAUGGUGGCAAGAAUGGAGUUCAAAAGUAUAGCCGGCGCAGUCUAUGUGCAGUUGGCAUACGCAGCAAUGUUCCUGGCAUCACGACUAGCCUUCACCAAAGGCAUGAGCCACUACGCCUUCGUCCUCUAUCGUCAAAUCGUUGCCACUCUCGCCAUCGGCCUUCCAGCAGCUUACUACCUCUACAGGGGUGGGAGGUGGAGCUGUAUGACUUGGAGGAGCAUGAAACACGUCUUCAUCCUUGCACUGAUCGGGAUAAGCUUCAGUCAAAAUUUCUACUAUGCUGGAUUGGCGUUGACUUCCUCGACCUUCGCCAGCACCAUGAACAAUCUGAUACCAGUCGUCACUUUCUUGCUCGCCUACUUCCUUAAAUUGGAGCGAGUAAGAAUAAAGGUAUGGGAUGGACAAGCUAAGAUCCUCGGCACACUUUUUUGUGUUGGUGGAGCAAUGCUGAUGACAUUCUACGAGAACACUACAAGCCAAAGUCAAGAGGUUUCACAGGCACAGCACCUACUGUAUGUGGAUCAUUUUCCUUUGGCUCAAUCAUUGCUCAAACAUGUUGGCAAAAUCCAUGGAAGCUUCCUCUUUGGAGCACUUCUUACCAUCAUAGGUUCUUGGUCCAUGUCCUUCUUCAUGAUUUAUCAGGUUUUAAUUACUUUGAUCUCUCUCUCUCUUUAAUGUCAUUUAUGCCUUCUUUUCCAAAAUGUACUCGCAAUUUAGACACCUUAAUGAUUUAUUCUCAUUUGAGUUCGAAUGGUUCCAUAAGGCAGCAAAAAAAUAACAAUCAAAGUUUACAUCAGGUUGCAUCGUCUCUUCCUCUGUCAAUAUCAAGUAGGAUACCCUUCUAUUUUCUGGUCUUAUUUGUAUUAAUUUUGAAUAUGACAGGCAUGAAUCGUGCGAGAAUACCCUUCUCAGCUCACCCUUUCUGCCAUGGUCAGCUUCAUGGGUUGCCUCCAGUGUGCCCUAGUGUCUCUCCUCCUUGAGAACCCUUCAGCUUUGAUAAUACAAUGGGACAUGCAGUUUCUCCUCAUAGCUUACAGUGGAAUAUUUUGCACAGGUUUAGGGUUCUUCAUCAUAAUGUGGUGCGUGAAGGAAAGAGGCCCAGUCUUUAUCACCAUGUUUAGUCCUUUGUCAUCAGUGGUUGUGGCCAUCAUGGAGCCCUUGGUGCUUCAUGCGCAACUCACUUGGGGCAGUGUAUUGGGCAUGGCUAUAAUCAUUGCUGGUCUCUACCUAUACCUGUGGGCCAAAGCUCAAGAUAGUAACCCUUCCACUGAUCAGUCUCAACUCACUGAUGAGGAAGAAGAAAGGACCAUUGAUGCAAAUGAAAGAAGCUCCCGUGAAGAAAUUACAAUUGGCAUCCAGGCACCUCUGCUAGCCAAUAUUAAUACUAAUUCCUAGUCACUACAAGAAAAUAUAUAAGGCUUUAGAGACAAGUUUUUAAGACAAAAAUAAAAUCUAUUUCAAAUUUAUCUAAACCAGAAAUAGAUUUAGCAGUGAGUGCACGCAUUUAUGGAUAUCUUAUGCAUCGUUAAAAUAACUAGCUAGAUUACAUGAAUAUAAUUGUUCUCUCUUUUAUAUAUUAUGCUAGUCCAAAAGGUACUCUGUAAACGUACUUGAAAGCGUAUUUCUAUGUAACAGACUCAAGAGUAAAU